GAAUGAUGGUAUCCUUGAUCAUUUUCCUACUAAACAUGAAAUAUUUAUUUCGUUUGACACGCCAAAUGUAUACCUACCAAUUAGGAGACUGAUCUACGUUGACCUUUGACCUACAUUCCUUGGGGACAGUAAAGGCAGAGAGGUGACUUUAGAAAGCGACAGUAUGCUUGGCCAAACCCUGCAGAAAUCAACAAUUGCCGGCAGCACUGGAAGUGGAGGGUUUUCAUGUGCAGGAGAAACUGGUAGUACAGUUGGAUCGUCAGGAACUACUAUUGCCUCCGUCAUGGAUAGCCAAACGCGAAAUCCUCUGUUAUGCUUUGUUUGUGACAACUACUACAGUGAACCAUGUCUUCUUGUUUGCUAUCAUACCUUCUGUGCCAAAUGUUUGCAAGGGAGGGAAGCAGAGCGAAAAAUAACAUGUCCACUCUGUGGUGUUCAAACAGCGUUAAAAGAUGGUCAAGCACACCCUGCUCCUGACAUGUUAAUGCGGCAUUUGAUAGAACUUGCGAAUGCUGAAAAUCCUCCGUGUGCCAAUUGUGACAAGCGGGACAAGAAUAACAUGUAUUUCUGUAUCACCUGUGGGCAAGCAUUAUGCACAAGUUGCCGGGAAAACACUCACCGAGCUAAAAUGUUUUCUGCACAUGAAGUUGUGCACAUGUCCAAGUGCAGUAAAGAAUCAUAUCGUAAACAAUGCACACAGCAUGGAGAACAACAUGUUAUGUUCUCAAACAGUCAACGUUCGAUGCUCUGUGAGUCAUGCUUUCAAGACAUUCCAACAGAGUCCAAAGUGCACUGUAUUGAUAUUGACACGGCAUAUAAUCAAGGAUGUAAGAAAUUGGAACGGGCUAUUCAUACUGUUCAAAGUAUGCAGUCGUCAGUCAGAGAUGGUCUAUUAAUGUUCAAAAAUCUCCUGGAUGAGCUCAGGCGUAACAUGGAAACAGAGAAGGUCACAAUAAAUUCUUUCUGUGAGGGUAUGAGACAAGCUAUUGCUAAAACACAAUCAGCAAUGAUGCUAGAGAUUCAAAGGCAGUUUGAAAGCAAAGAACGACUCUUCCAUGGGCAGCUCACAAAUUUAGGUUCUAUGUUGCCCUUACUGCAAUUACAUCUUUUGCUUGCUCAAACUUUCUCUUUGGCUGCCAAUAAAUAUCAGUUCCUCGAUCUGGCAUACCCCAUGGUGGAUAGACUUAAUGCAGUAUCUCAACUAUCACUACCUUUGAGCCGCCCUGUGCAAUCUAGCCAGAUUCGAACCAAUUUUCGAUCAGAAUUUUCUCGAGCUCUGGAACCUUGGGUUGGAAACCAACCCUGUGAAGGGGGACGUCCAAGAUCUGGAGUGGGUAUUUAUGAAUCUCACAAACAGCAGCAACAACAACAACACCAACAACAACAACAACAGCAGCAACAACAACAGCAGCAGCAGCAGCAACAACAGCAGCAACAACAGCAGCAGCAGCAGCAACAGCAACAGCAGCAGUCACAUUUGCAAUACCUUCAGCAACAGCAACAAAUUCACCAGCAGCUUCAACAGCAGCAACAAUCAUCAUACCCUAUGCCCCAACCAACUCCAUCACGACGUCAGCAGUCUUCUAUGCCUAUGAAAGGUUCAGAAGAGACAGGACCAUUUUCUAACCAUUGCCGUAAUUUUGAUUCACAGUUAAAGGUUUGUUGUACUAGCUCAGUAUUGGAGAUUGUCGUUUGAAGCAUCCCAUGAAUUUUUGUUAACUGGUAGUUAAAUAUGUAAUUUCUCAUAAAAAUACCUAAUAAUUUUAAUAU